AUGGAGGACGUUAGCCUCCCGGCGAAGGUGCGACACUAUGCAUGGUCCACCUGGACCCGAGUUGCCAAAAAGCACGUGGAGCAGCGGAGCCUGUGGACGCGGUUGAUCGAAAUGACUCACACCGAAGCUGCCCGCGACGCCGAGCGCCAAGUUUCCACUGCCAAGGAGAUUUUCGACACCCUGCGAUUCUUCCUCCGGGCAGACCCCGACGAGCACCGCGGCGGCGCAGGAAGCGUUCUUCCGCCCCACGCCGGUAUUUGGUGGACGCCGCCCCGGGCUGCGAUGUCGCCGUGGGCGUGUUUGCUGAACUAUGCCCGUUUCGCACUCGCGCGGCCGGAACGGCGCCCGGACGGCGCGGCAG